AUGACGCACCUCUCCGCCACCAUCGCCACCCUGUUGGCCGUCUUCACCAAAAAUGUCCUCACCAUUACCCUCACGCCUCCUACGAACCUGAACCUAGGCGAGGCCACAUCCAUCAAAGGCGUGGCCAAGACGAUCGCAGAAGGCGCCCUGUCGUACUACCCCGGCAAUGCGACGCAAUUCAUCGAUCUGCCGACCCCGUAUUACUGGUGGGAGUGUGGUGCAUUCAUGGGUGCUCUACUGGACUAUUCUCAUUACACGACCGACAGUAGCUACAACGAUCUCCUCUCUACCGCUCUCUCCACCAACAUUGGUCCAACAAACGACCUGAUGAUACCUAAAUACCAAGGGCAAGAAGGCAACGAUGACCAAGCAUUUUGGACAUUCAAUAUGCUUACUGCUGCCGAGCGCAACUUUCCACAAGUCGACGACCCAAGUGUUCCUUCUUGGCUGCAGGUUGCGGAGAAUUCCUGGAACAGUCUUUCAGGCCGCUGGAACACGUCUGCAUGCGGCGGUGGCUUGCUGUGGCAGAUAUUCGCCGAGAACCCCAACGGCCUCAACUACCGGAACUCGGUCAGCAACGGAGGCCUGUUUCAGAUCAGCGCGCGUCUGUACCGGGCGACGGGCAACCAGACGUAUCUCGACUGGGCAAAUAAGGUCUGGGAGUGGUCGGUAGCAAUCCAGAUGAUCGAUAAGAACUAUGUCGUUUACGACGGCGCGAACUCCGACACAAACUGCACCGACAUGAACCCCGUGUCAUUCAGCUACUCUGCUGGGAUAUACUUGUACGGCGCUGCCGUCCUGGCAAACACCACUGAAGGAGAUGCCGCCUCAACGUGGACCCAGCGAGCCGAGGGUCUGUUCAAGGCGAGCAGGAGCUUCUUCAGCCCGUACGAGAACUCGACAAACAUCAUGUACGAACAUGCCUGCGAGCAGGUCGAGCGCUGCAACACGGACAUGAAGUCUUUCAAGGGCUACCUGUCGCGGUUCAUGUAUGCUUCUACCCUGAUGGUGCCAUCCAUCCAAGCCGACGUGAAGGAGCUCCUCAACGCCACCGCCACGGCGGCGGCAAACGCGUGCUCGGGGGGCGACGACUCGGCGACGUGCGGGCAGAAGUGGUACGUAGGUGGCUUCGACGGGAACGUCGGGCUUGGGCAGCAAAUGUGUGCGCUGGAGACCGUCCAGGGCCAUCUGGCCCGGCAGGCUGCCGCGCCGCUGCGCAAGGGGGAGAUCAAAGAUGUGAGGCAGUCGGACGUGACGACAAGCCCGACCGCCUCGGAUGAUGGGUCUGUGUCUAUUUCCGCUGCCAUCACGCCGACGGAUACUAGGAGAUCGAAGUCGGCUGGUGUCGCGGUGGUCCCUGGCAGGCAUGGGUUCUGGGAAACGUUGUGUCUGAUGUUGUGUACGGUGGUCUUCGCAACGGUUUAG